GCAUGCGCCAAACCGGCGGCCGGAGAGUCGGCAGCUGGAAAUGGCGGCCGGUGGCUUGGCAGCUGUGGCCGCGACGGCUGAGUACUCUGGCCCCGUGGCGUCGGCAGGGCAUCUCUCUGUUAUUAACGGCGGCCUAAACGCCGGGGCAGGCCCUAGUCCUGGCCCGGGCUCGUGGAGCCGCUCCCUUGAUCGAGCCCUGGAAGAGGCAGCAGUGACCGGGGUGCUGAGCUUGAGUGGCCGGAAGCUGAGGGAGUUUCCCCGGGGAGCGGCCCACCACGACCUGACAGACACCACCCGCGCGGAUUUAUCACGAAAUCGCCUCUCAGAAGUUCCUAUAGAAGCAUGUCAUUUUGUUUCUCUUGAAAAUCUCAACUUGUACCAAAAUUGUAUUCGGUAUAUCCCAGAAGCAAUUCUAAAUUUACAAGCGCUGACAUUCUUAAAUAUUAGUCGAAACCAACUGUCAACACUACCAGUACACUUGUGUAAUUUACCAUUGAAAGUCUUAAUUGCUAGUAAUAACAAAUUGGUCUCACUUCCAGAAGAAAUUGGAUGCCUCAGACAUUUGACGGAGCUCGAUGUCAGCUGCAAUGAAAUUCAGACUGUGCCUUCCCAAAUUGGUAAUCUGGAGACUUUGCGAGACCUUAAUAUAAGAAGAAAUCACUUAGUACAUUUGCCUGAAGAGCUUGCAGAGUUGCCUUUGAUACGUUUAGACUUUUCCUGCAAUAAAAUCACAGCAAUCCCUGUUUGUUACCGGAACCUCAGGCACCUGCAGGUGAUCACCCUAGAUAACAACCCCCUCCAGUCACCUCCUGCACAGAUAUGCAUAAAAGGCAAAAUCCACAUAUUUAAAUACCUGAACAUGCAAGCUUGUAAGAUUGCUCCAGACCUGCCGGAUUAUGAUAGGAGACCCUUGGGCUUUGGUUCCUGCCAUGAAGAACUAUACUCAGGUCGCCCCUAUGGAGCCCUUGAUUCAGGUUUCAAUAGUGUGGACAGUGGCGAUAAGAGGUGGUCGGGGAACGAGCCUACAGAUGAAUUUUCAGAUCUGCCUCUUCGGGUAGCGGAAAUUACUAAAGAACAAAGACUACGAAGAGAAAGCCAAUACCAAGAGAGUCGGAAUAGUUUAGUUGUAACAAAUGGUGGAGUGGAACACGACUUGGAUCAGAUCGACUACAUUGACAGCUGUGCUGCAGAGGAGGAGGAGGAUGAAGCAAGACAGCCCCGAGGCCGGGACUCUAACAGCCUCAGUUCACAGUUUAUGGCAUACAUUGAACAGCGGCGGGUCUCGCACGAGGGUUCACCUGUAAAGCCAGUAGCCAUUAGGGUAUUUCAAAAACCAGAAGACAUGAGACGAUACUCACAUCAAAACAGAAUUCCAGUUGAGCCGCCUUCUCUCUUGUCACUGUCACCAAGUCACAAUCAGCUGCCACACACAGACUUGGAAUCCCACCGGAGAAGAGAACAGUUGAUAGAGCGCACUCGGAGAGAGGCGCAGCUGGCGGCCCUGCAGUACGAGGAGGAAAAAGUCAGGACGAAGCAGAUUCAAAGAGAGGCUGUCCUGGACUUUAUCAAGCAAAAAGCAUCACAAAGUCCACAAAGACAACAAUCCCCAGUGGAUAGUGAGUGUCCCUUCCCACCCAGAAGGUCUCAGCACACUGAUGAUAGUGCCUUGUUAGUGUCGCUGUCAGGGUUGAAUCAAGUGGGCUGUGCUGCUACCCUGCCUCAUUCUGCUGCUUUCAUGCCUCUUAAGAGUGAUGACAGACCUAAUGCCACAUCACAUUCUCCUGCAGUGGAAACAGCUGACUUAGUUCAUCAUUCUGCUGCAUAUUCUUUUCCUGCUGCUAUCCAGAGAAAUCAACCCCCACGCCCCGAGAGCUUCCUUUUCCGAGGAGCUGUGAGGGCAGAAACAAAUAAAGAUCAAACUUCCUCCCUUCUCACGUCUCUUGCACCUGCCACGGAUCCUACAGAAUGCAUCACAAGACAGAGAGAGGAAGAGCUGAAAUUAAUAGAUCAGCUGCGCAAGCACAUUGAGUACCGGUUAAAAGUGUCUCUACCUUGUGAUCUUGGAGCAGCUCUAACUGAUGGUGUUGUUCUUUGCCAUUUGGCCAAUCAUGUGCGGCCUCGAUCUGUCCCAAGCAUUCAUGUUCCCUCACCAGCUGUGCCUAAAUUAACAAUAGCAAAAUGCAGGCGAAAUGUGGAGAAUUUCCUAGAAGCAUGCAGAAAAAUUGGUGUCCCUCAGGAGCAAUUGUGCUUGCCUCUCCACAUUUUAGAAGAGAAAGGUUUGGGCCAGGUUGCGGUGACGGUGCAGGCCCUCCUGGCGCUCGCCCCCCCCAAGCAGCAGCAGCCGCAGCAACGGCUGUCUGCCAUGUAAGGACCACAGGACUGCGGGCCCUGGUGUGGCCACCAGACGAGCAGGACACCGUGAUUGCUGCUGCUGGCCAUCUGCUUACCCAGAGCUCUUACGCAUUCUAGAAUGGACGGUUCCAUGAUUCCUGCCGGGAAUUUGGGCCUCAUUUCUCCAUUUUAGGGGAGGUUAUAUCCAUGUCCAUUGAUUUUUUUUUUUUUUUUUCCCUUUAAUGAAGACAUGGUUGGUUUUCUCAAAUGCAACUUUAUGAGAUCCCAGGCCGGAAGCCCCUGAGGGGUAGAUGCAGGCAGGCUUCUUCUGCAUGGCAUAACGUGGAAGGCGCAGAUGUGCUGUUAUCCUGGUAGCUUCCAAGACAGCCAGGAGCUGCUGGUUUCUCUCCAGGUGUCUGUGAGACUCUCCCGAGCAUUUGCAGGGUUGCACUCAGUAGUUCUGGGUUGAGGCCUGGGAAUCCAUUCUCCGCGUCUUUCCAAUGGUUUGUAUGUGGAGACACAGCUUCAAGCCAUGUUUGUCAAACUGGGGGCACUGCCUCCCUUGCAUUUAGCCACAUUUACAAUCAACAGCUACGUUAGGCUGACUUGGCCUGUUUUGUGAAAGGUAAAACAAGAAUGCUAGAGAAAGCCUAGAUUUCACAUAGUGAGGCAGGCAGAGCGUGCCUACAGCAGUGUCUCCUGCGCCAUCUUCCUGCUAGAGGAUGGCCUGGAGCAGCCUGCGAGUGCUGGCUUCAGGGAGCCUCCUCACCCCCGAGCUGCUCGCAGGACCCCAGGCCUGCAGGCACCUUUCAGCCCCUGCAGACACUUAGCUCCUGGCCAGUGGAAGAUGAGGGGCAGCAUGCAAGGGACCGAAGGAGGCCAGGCUUCCUGUGUGUGUCGCAACUGCCGGUUGGGGGUGGAGGUCAGAGUACCCAGGGCUGCUUAGGAACACUGCUCUCAUCUCCCCUUGUGGAUCCCAUUCCAGUGCCUUCUCUGCCCAGCUGUGGGAGCAGAGGGCUGAACACUCCUCCCACAGCACCAAGGCAGAGCCUCAAGUUCAAAGCAAGCACAGUUCCAACCGUGAACCUUGUUAGCUGUCACUUACAGCUUUGGUGUUCACUGCCUUUGUAACCAAAUAGAGUAAGCGCUGGUAAAUACCACAGCUCAAAGUAGCUUGAGACAAAGUCAUUCUGAUCAUCCACACAAAUAAUGUUCUGUGUUCUUGCAGAGUAAAUUUUUCAUAUUCUUUAUAACCUUGCAACUUUGUUCAACAUUAUGUAACAAACAUCAAGCUGAAAGCACAACCUGCACAAAAUGAAAAUGUUGGUAAACACGCAGAGCCAGACCCACUACUGUACAGGUCCAGGCACAUCCACUAACCUUCUGACUUGGUUGGAAUUUAGCAGGGAGUUUUAUUUUUGUUUUGUUUUGGUUUUGGUACCGGGAAUUGAACUCAGGACCUUGCAUUGCCAGGCCAGUGCUGUGCUGCUGAGCUAUGUCCCCAGCCCCUAGCAGUAUUUUUUUAAACUAGAUAGUUUUCCUUCUAGUCAACAAACCUCAGUAAAGUCUCCAGCUUAUAAAUGAUGAUACAUCUUGUAGGGAACAACUACAGAAUGCAUUACAGAAUGUACCACUGACCACAUCUCAUUUUUACAUAGGAAUAAGUGGGAAUUUCAACUUAUUUUAAAUUUUGCAUUUAUUCUGAAACCUUGUAUCUUUAUCAAGGCAAUUCAAAUUUGUGUUUGAAUUGUUAGAAAAAAAAUUUGUUCAGUUUUGGCUGAUAGAAAAAUGUCAAAUAUAUUGAAUUCUUUUUCAUUGUGUAAAACACCACAGUUGCUGGGCAUGGUGGGCACAACUGUAAUCUCAGCACUCAGGAGGCUGAGGCAGGAGGAUUGUAUGUGUUCAAGGCCAGUCUGAACUACAUAGACACUCUCCAAAAAAAAAUCAUGAUGCUUUUAUUGGAGAAUUUUGGUAUUCAGUAUACUUUUAUUUAUUUUUUUUAAAACUGGAACAAUUCCACUUAACAUUUAGGCUUGCUAGACUUGUAUGGUGAAUGUAGCCCGGUCACACUUGUGCUGGCCAGGUCGAAGGGACCUCCUGGCUCUGAGAGCGCCAUCAGUCCUGGCGACCCCUGCCACCUACAGUGAUUUCCCAUCAGCAUUUUCCAGGUCCUCAAAUGUGUCUGCGUCACACUGCAAACCAGCGCUCCCCUUAAGAACCAGGUCUGGAAAGUGCAGGAGGGGCCUGGGACCCGACUAGAACCCAGGAGGCGCCGCCUCGCAGGAGGGCUGCACACUCCAUAACAGCUGCUUACAGCGCCCCACCGCCUCUCCCAGGUCUGUAAUUUCUUGUGCCUCCUGCAGUCAGCAGCAGCUAAUGAUGUGGGACUGUGCUGACGAAGCUGAUGAAUUUGAAAACUUAAGUGUUUAGGUGGAUCUGGAAAUGAAGGAGAACUUGGGUAGUAGGAGCCCUUUUUAUUUAUACAUUACAGUGAGCAGGUUUACAGCAGAUGAGUUUUAUUCUGAAAGUUAUAAACAUGUAAUUAGUAAAACAUUUUGUAAAACACUGUCUUAUAUUGUAUGUGUCUGUAAAUAUACUGCAUAAGUUUAAGUAUAAAUAUGUCAAUACCAUGUACGUUAUUUUAAAUUGCCUGUAUGCCACCUUACACUUUGACAUGCAAAUAAAGCCAACACCUAAGUAGCA